AUAUGGUUCCAUUUUCUGGUUUCCUACCCAUGGAUGAAUAUUCGUCAACAUAAAUCUUCUCAUCUAUUUUAAAUUCAAUUCCAUCAUCAUCAGCCAUCUUGCUGUGGUUUUGAAGUGAUUUAUAUUUUGCGAUCUCGAUAACCUGGGGGCGGCAACAAAUGUCACUCAAUUGUAUAUAUUCUCAUUGAUUAUCAGUUGUCAAGUGCACAAAUUCUAAUAUUGAUUUAUUAUAAGUCAGUUUAACCAUGAUUCGCUUCAUCCUCAUUCAGAAUAGAGCUGGAAAAACAAGAUUGGCAAAAUGGUACAUGAAUUUUGAUGAUGAUGAAAAACAGAAAUUGAUAGAAGAAGUUCAUGCGGUGGUUACUGUAAGAGAUGCUAAGCAUACUAACUUUGUUGAGUUUCGUAACUUCAAGAUUGUGUAUAGAAGAUAUGCUGGUCUGUACUUCUGUAUUUGCGUAGAUGUCAAUGAUAAUAAUCUGUGUUAUUUAGAAGCAAUACAUAAUUUCGUUGAAGUACUAAAUGAAUAUUUCCAUAAUGUCUGUGAAUUGGAUCUUGUCUUUAAUUUUUAUAAGGUGUAUACCGUUGUAGACGAAAUGUUUCUGGCAGGUGAAAUAAGAGAAACUAGUCAAACAAAAGUACUGAAGCAACUUUUGAUGUUAAACUCAUUAGAAUAAAAUUAUUUUAUGUAAUUUAAUUGUGUUAAAUGUAUGUUAUAUAUGAUCUGAAGAUGUAAUAAGUAAAUUUCCUUAUGAGCAACAAAUUCUAUAAGUUAAUUAAUUAAUCUUCAUUGUGUCUUUGUUUAUGAAUUGACUUUGCAGGAAUAUAGGUUCAAAUAUGUAUGUUAAAAAUUUCAAAGUAAUCUAGUAGUUCAUUGAUGAUACGAUAUUAUAAUGAUUUAUCAUAUUUUUUAAUCCAAUUGUUAUAUGGGUUUUUUACAAUAUUACUUUAUAAGAAUUUAUUGUUAAAUGGAUGUAGAAAGAAAGAAAUAUCUUUAAAUUAAUGUGCCAAACAUUUGAAAUGUAUGGGGGCAAAUAAUAAAUGAAAAAUUAAAACAAA